AUGGACAAAUGCUCUGGAGGGACAGUUCCUAUUCAGAAAGGGGACAAGUUUAGUCAAAUGCAGUGUCCUAAAAAUGAAUUAGAGCGAAAAGAAAUGGAGUCUAUUCCCUAUGCAUCAGUGGUUGGGAGCUUGAUGUAUGCCCAAACAUGUACCCGACCGAAUAUUAGUUUUGCUGUUGGUAUGUUAGGUCGAUAUCAAAGUAAUCCUGGAAUGGAUGACUGGAAAGCUGCAAAGAAAGUUCUUAGGUACUUACAAGGAACCAAAGAUUACAUGCUCACAUAUAGAAGGUCAGAGCACCUUGAAGUGGUUGGCUACUCAGAUUCAGACUUUGCAGGAUGUGUGGACUCAAGAAAAUCCACAUUUGGAUAUGUUUUUCUUCUGGCUGGAGGAGCAAUAUCAUGGAAGAGUGGAAAACAGUCCAUCAUUGCUACUUCUACUAUGGAGGCAGAAUUCGUGGCAUGCUUUGAGGCCACAAUUCAAUCAUUAUGGUUGCGGAACUUCACCUUAGGGCUUGGUAUUGUCGACAGUAUAGCUAGGCCGCUAAGGAUUUAUUGUGAUAAUUCUGCAGCUGUGUUCUUCUCUAAGAAUGAUAAAUAUUCCAAAGGUGCUAAACACAUGGAAUUGAAAUACUUAUCAGUGAAAGAAGAAGUGCAGAAACAAAAGGUGUCAUUUAAACAUAUUGGAACAGAUUUAAUGAUAGCGGAUCCGUUAACUAAAGGUUUACCGCCCAAAACAUUUAUUGGUCAUGUAGAAAGGAUGGGCAUUAUGUAA